AUGAAAGGGAACCAUCUGACUCAUCGGCUCGACGAGACGCCUGUUGGGGCAGCUGCUGCUGCUGAGAUUGAUGGAGGGAGAAAGGAGCCACAGAGAGAGGGGAAAAAGAGCAAGAAGAGUUUCUGGAAGUGGCCCGCUCUCCACUUGGUUUUGCCGCAGAGCUUUCUAACUUCUGAAGUCGGCCCUGCUGCUGAGGAACAGUUGGAGCAGGAUGUGGUGGACGAGGGUGACAUUCGCUUGCGUUAUAAAAUCGGUGACAAGCUGGGUCAAGGAAGAUAUGGCUUUGUGUGCCAGGGGUGCAAGGAUGGACUUGAGGUGGCUGUGAAGUUUUCAGUGAAGGGACCAAAUAUUCCAUAUAUCAGAGUGCCUGGUCAUCCCGAAAGCCUCCCAAUGGAAAUUGGUCUGAUGCUCAUGGCCAAAACUGGCCCCAGCGUUCCUCAAAUCAUUAAACUGCUGGACUGGCAGGAUGACACAGACCAUUGCAUCAUGGUCAUGGAGUUGCCCUCACCUUGCAUGGACCUGUCUAGCUUUGUCAAGCUCCACGGAGGAAGCCUCGAUGAAGCGACGGCACGACAGGUCAUGCAGCAGGUCAUUGAUGCCGCUAUCGUUUGCAGCAAGCGUGGUGUCUUCCAUCGGGACAUCAAACUGGAGAACCUGCUGGUGAACCGGGACACUAUGGAAGUCAAAUUGAUUGACUUCAAGUGCGCUGCGCUCAUGAAGAAAUUUGCCUACGAAUUCUUUUGUGGCACAAGAGCGUACUGUCCACCAGAGGUCAAUGUGAAGGGCAGGUACCACGCAAAACCGAUGACGGUGUGGUCACUGGGGGUUCUACUGUUUAAAAUGGUGUGCGGAUAUUAUCCCACAUACCACAACCUGCACUUGAUCAGUGAGAACAACUGGACCAGACCUGGCCUGUCACGAGAAUGCUGCCAGAUGAUUUGCGCGUGUCUGGAGCAUGAGCCACAGCAGGGAGAAGAUGCAUCUCCAUGA